AUGACGUCAACGCCACUGUCUGAACACCCGCCCAAGUCACUGAGCGAGAGCUGGGCAACGCUGAGUGCAUCUGAUGUCCACUCUGAGGACGGCGCUCGGUCUGAGCCAACCGAUGCUGGAUCCUUUAUUGAUCAGACCGGGCCGGACGAUGUUGCAAGCCUCGAUGAACGGUACACCAGCAGCGAGGUUGACGGAAAUGAUGAAGGGGGAUUUGAUGGAGACGGCUACGAUUCUAAGAGCAACGUCUCUGAGUCACAGGAGCUGCCUGCCAUUUUCCCCCAGAUAGGAACCUCUAUUGAUGACAGUAAUAUCACGGCCAAGACCGCCUUCCGUCAACCGACUGAGUCGAUCGAAUUUAUUGAACCCGAGGAAUGGCCUGAAGUCGAACGGGUAGAGCUUAAGCACACGAUCCGUGUAGUGGAAGGAGCCGAAGCUGCAGAGCUGCAGAAUCAACUGCCCUUCAGCCUUCAGGACUCGAUCCUUACGGCCACUGUCCAACAGACAACGACAAAGAGGAGCCUUGAGACUGACAAACCGUUCCGUGUGCUGUACAUUGGCAGUCCCGAGUUCCGGAACAUCAUCCUUGACAAAAUAGGAGAUGUUCUCGUAUCUAGUACCUGCAAUGGUUUUGAGACCAGCUCCGCAGAAUCCUCCAGAUACCAUGUUGUCCCGACAUCAUACGGCACGGGGGCCAUUCCAAAUUUUGCGGAACUUCUUCCGAUUCAUUUCCAGCUUGUUGUUGACGAGUGCCCUGGAGCCGUCUCGGACGGUCGAACCGAUAAGCCCAAUACAAUCACCUUAAAUUUGAAGAACCGACCAUCUUGCACAUCCUUUUGGACGGGCAAUGAAUAUUGUAUCUCGUCCCUAUCAGAAUGGGCAGUACCCGAUGUAGCUAUUAUUUUCGUCUCCAGUGCGGACACUCCGGCUGUCAUGGAUACUCAGAAGUUAGCUCGCAUUGUGAUGGAAAGGCACAAUGUUCCAACUAUGGUCAUAUCAGAGCAACCACUUUGGAAGAUGGCCAGAGAAGCAAUCCCUCUAAACCACCAGAGCCUUCAUAUGUGCCUGGAAACUCGUCAUCUAAUAACCGGGAAGACAGCUGUCGUGAGACGGUAUCCUAUUGAUCUUAAGACCUUUGAGAGCAUAACUCCCCACCAACUCAACCGAAAUCUAGCGUCCUUAGCGAGCAGCUACCCUAAUAAAUCCAGCAGAGUUGCUGCUGAGAAUUCCAAGCUUGCUCGCAAGAGACUUUUCUUCGAUACGAGGAAGUACGCGAGACAUGUCUCUCCCCUUUUCUAUCUGAGCGACCGAUACGAUUUGACGUUGGUUUUGCGUCUUCUUCUUGUGACUCUCGUUUCUGCCGUUUCUAUUACAGUAGGCCUAUCGCUUCUCAGGGUGACCAUUAUUUUCCUUUCGCAGUUCCUUGCCAGAUCUGCUAUUUCCAACGGCCUAGAAAAGCCUGCUAUGAGCAUGAGUCCCGCCACCAGUAUCACGCGAAUUGAUGGGCUGAAACAAACGUCGCUUUCUGUACUGCAUUCGUCUACCGGGGAUGUGCAGACCUUGGGAGACCAACAUUCGACCCGAGGUCGGUUGGAAGACAUGAUAAGUGAAACGGCACUCCCGUCUAAGCAAGGAGACAAGUCAAGUGGGUUUGAAAUCCAGGUGGUGGGCGACUGUCAUUUGAUCAUCAAACCUCCCAACAAGACAUUAACAAGUAAAAAACAACCGAAAUUCAGUGUUCAGGUCAGCCGACGUGACAAAGUACUUGACUAUGAAAUUUCCAGGUUGUUCGAAGAGGUAUACACUCUCAAGCUGGACCGCGGGGAUGCAUACGGAAUCGUGAAUGUUACUAUCAGCACUGGUACGAAGCCUCCCAUAAAUGAGACUAUAUCCGUGGACUUGGGAACACCCUGGUUGAAAAUUGCGAAUUGGAAACGAGCGGCACAGGUUAUCCGAUCACAGCUCAUGAGAGAGUUUAGCAUUGCACAAAAUGGGCUGUCAGAAGCAUAUGGCCGGCUCUGUACUGAUUUGCAGGUGCUUAUGGGUGAUGUGGUGAAGAAAGCACAUGUCCUCCGCCACGAAGCCAACGAUCUUCGACGUAAUCCAAUGGGACUUUCUCUCGAGUCCAGAGAUGUGGUUCUUUCCAAGUCAAGACAACUCUCUGAGGUCGUCCGACGUACCGCCAUCCAGCCCUUUCUGGCAGCAUCGUCGGUGCUACAGGACCAUACUAAGAAAGUAAACAGGGAGGCGAAGGAGCUUAUGAUCGGCACAUGGAAAAAGAUCAGCACUCAUGCCCAUGAGUUUGACGUGAUCACAUGGGUGGACUAUGUGCGCAACUUGAGGAAAUGCAAAACUUUGGACAACGCCCAGAGGAGAGCCAAGGGGCUGAUGAGGCGGAGGAAAUGCCGACGCUCUGAAUGUGGCCGAUAA